AUGGCUUCUCAAAAAAAGCAAGGAGAGCGCGUUCUCCCUGUACGCUCGACAAGAAAGCGUCGCCAAUUACCUGAUAUGCUUUACUACGAUGAGAAUACCGAUUCUUAUGUGAUGCCUGAGCACAGCCAAGAGUCUGUUGAUCCUAAACCUGCCAGCCAGUCUUCCUCAAUGAGCUCUGGCCAAGUCGCAAAUCUGCAAGUCGAGCAUGCUCGCGAGCUAAGGGUUCAAGAGCUAAUGGAGUCCAAGCUUCAUCAUAUUCGAAAACAGCAACGUAAACAAAGAUUUCGGAAAUCACAAUGGAUACAAGAUUAUCAACAGUGGGAUAAAUCAGAGGACCAAGACCAGUGGAAUUCUGAUAAUGAAAGUUUCGGUCCAGCUGAGCAAGCUUCAUCGUUUUUGGAUGCUCUUCGCUUUUCCGAACAAUUUAUGCAAGUUGAACAAACGUAA